AUGGCAACCUUCCCAACAAAUAGAAGCUCUUCUAGUCCAUCUAGUUCUAAAACUUCCUUGCUGACAUCUCAGAUAGAUGAAGCUGAGCUGGAGCAGAAACUGUUUCAUGUCUAUACCUCGGAGGUGAAGAUGUGCGAUGACAAUGGGCAGAGUACGCAACAUAUAGGGGAUGAAUGGAUGAGGCGUGAAAUUCGAAAAAUUUGUGCUUUCGACGUUUCUGAUCGAUGGAUCAAGAUGUUCCGAAGGAAGCAUGGAAUUCGAUACUUCAGUGGUCGCCGCCACGCCGACAAAACGAACAACUUGAGACCAUUGGCGGCAUUGGAUACUACAAAGGUGAAAACGUCGAACUAUUUAAAGGAGAGACGAGUUUUGCGAACCAGUCGAAAAGAAUAUGUUGAGGUUGAUCUACGUGUACAUGAGGAGAUCAUCAGAAGACAGGCUAGAGGAGAACGUCUAACGAAUCCGUGGAUAAGGGAAUACGCACAAAACGUCGCCAAUGAGUUGCAUUCAGAGACAGUGGAUGUCGAAAAGUUUUUCGAUGCCAACUGGUUGUACAGAUUCAAAAGGCGCUACUGCGUUGAGCUGAAGUAG